CCAUCCUCGCUGCCCUCCGCUGGUCCCGAGCGCCCCCCGACACGGACCCGGCGGUGCCCCGAGCCCGGACACGGGGCCGCGGUGCUGCCUCUCUAAACCCCGGCGGACACGACCCAUCCCGGCCCUGCGAGGGGGUGUCGCUACCUCGGGCCCGCGGCUCCGCGGGGCCGGGACGGGGAUGGGGACGGGGCCGAUCCCGAUCCCGGCAGGAGCCGCCGCCGCCUCCUGAUGACGCGCGGCCGCCCCGUGACGCGGCGAGGCGCCGGCUCCGCGGGCCCGAAACCGCGGAGAUUCGCCCCCAAAGAGGCGAGCCAGUACCCUCCCCACCCGGACGGCAGGGACAUGGCAAGUGGACACCCAGCCCCGGGCGCUGCCGCCCACGGCCGCCCCAACACACCGCGACAGCGGCCGCGGUGACGCCGCCCCGCCCCGGGGCCGCGGGGAUGGACGCGGAGAGCGCCGGCGGCCGAGACAGCGCUGCAGGAGGAGGACCGGGGGGAGGAGGAGGAGGUGGACAGGGGGACUUCGUGUCCGCCCUCCCUCCCGAGGUGAGCUCCCGGAUUUUCGGCGGCCUGGACGUGGAGAGCCUGUGCCACGCGUCCGCGGCGUGCAAGGGCUGGCACCGCGUCAUCGAGGGCAACGAGCGGCUGUGGCGGCACCACUGCCUGGCCGUGCGGGCCGUCUGCCGGCGGGAGAUCGACUGCGACCGCGGGAACGGCUACUCCUGGAAGAUCACAUUAUCGAGGAACUACUGGAAAAGCAAAGUGAAGCAAGAAUGGCUGAGUGGGAAAUACAGCAACAUUCCUUCACAACACAGCUUGCCAGAGAAAAGCAUGUAUCCCAUGGAUGUCGACACAUGGGGAGAAAUCUUGGAAGCAGAACUUGAAAGAUAAGAAACCAGUGCUGAUUCUUGCAACUCAAAAACCUUUUGCCAAUGACACACAAACUGUUUGGCAGUUGUCAAACUGAUUUUGAGUGAUUUUUAACUGAUUUUCAACUGAUGAUGAAAGUUUCUCAAAAGAAGUUACGGGUGUCUUUUUUUUUAUUUGCACUUUAUCAUAUUAAUUUUAUGUAAAAUUCUAAAUAAGACUAAUGUUCAGUUGUAAUUUAUAUUUAUAAAUUUAAUGCUCUGCUGUAUUGUCAAAAAUAUGUUGAUUGUAUUUCAAUUUGCACUUUUUCUUUUGAAAGAGAUGACUUUUAUUUAAAAAAAGAAAGGUAUGCUUGACUUGAAGUGUAUCCUACCAGCAGCACAUGAGAGCCCACAAAGGAAGGACAAAUACAGACACUGGAAAGAAAAGAAGAUGACAAGGUGGCCACCUCAGUAUCAGCUGAACAUUCCCAGUGACCAUCUCAAGGGACAAAGUCCUCAAAAGGAUCUCUGAACUUGCACCCCAAUUUUUGGCUCCAACUUGAAAAACUGCUGCUGGUAAAAGAGGAUGUACCUGUCACAUUAUCUAACAUAAAAGUGACCACAAAUUCAACUUAUUACAAUUCUCUUUGAAUAUCAUCUUUCCCUACCUUCUUUGCACUAAAGUAACUGAGGAAAAUGCUGGGAAGGUCUCUGUUGCUCCAAUUCCUGCAGAAUUCAGUCACCAAUGUGGCACCAAUUUUCUAUAGGAAGACUUCUACCAUGGUUAUGAAACUUGGUUAUUUAACCCUUGCAGAAUAUCUGGUGAAAAUAUCCGGGCUCACAGGCUGUUUGUUUUAGGUGCUCAUAUCUACAGAUCAAGCAAAAGACAUAACAGCCAGGUGAAACAGGUAGCUCUAAAAUGCUUCCAAGAACAGAAUGUUGCCUGAUCCUUUUUCUAGUUUAGAGCAUUCAGCAGAUUUCCUCAAAACUGAUCCAUGUCCCUCAGCUUCCUGCAUGUUCCCCAUUAGAACAGGUCUUCAGUCAAUAAGCACUAGUACCUUUUCUGAAUCAUAAGUAACAUAUUUAAGUGAGAGCUUUGUCAUCAACAGCACUGCAUAACAUGAUGCAACUAUUGGAUAAUGUUUUUUACACAUCUUUUGCAGUCUAUUCUUUGUAGAUAAGUGUUAGUUCUAGGAGCAGGACCCCACUGCACUAGGUUUUAAAGAUCUCCUUUUAGUGCCAAAAGAGUUGAUGCUGUUCUUGUGGGACAGUUACUGCAUUAGCCAAAAUGGAUGCAGUACCCAAAAUCCCCUGAAGCUUCUGCUGUCACCCUGCUACUGAACAUGACUGAGGUGUAGCUCAGAGGAAAGAACCCUUGCUAAGUAUAGGUGUGAUGCAAAGCUCAGUGAAUUGCCAACACUGCUUCCUCUAUUAUUAGCUAUUCUGCUCUAAGAUUAUAUCUAGUUAGCUCAAAUUAAAAAAAGAAACACACCAAAACCCACACCCAGGCACAUCAGUUUUUCACCAAAGCCUUGCUCCCUGCUCACAGCAUUUAUCACCCCAACUUUAGGAGCACUAGAAGUGAAAAAAGUGCAUAUGAAUUCGUAAAGAAAAUAACACUAGCAGUACAUUUUCACCACCUCAAAAGUACCCAAUUUUUUUAGUCAUAAGAUAGGGAAAGUGCAUAAUAAUGGAUCUAGUCCCUCACCCUUCUCACCCAGCCUCCUCUGUUGCCUUCAGUCUCUAACUCCCAGACAUUUAUCCCCUGUUCCUUCUCCUUUCAUGCUCCUCAGCUGUCAGUUCUCAUAUAUAUCCCCUCAGGAUAGUUUUUAAAUAGAAUAAUUAUUCUGGUGUAAGUCCUACCACAGUUAUUUCACUGUGCACUCAACUGUAGCUUCUCCCCCUUCUCAUAUGAGUGUAGGAACCCGCAGUAUCUGUUGUACCUGUACCUCUGUUCAGAUCAGGUGGCUGUGCCUCUUAAACAUGAGGAAUUAAACACUUGGCUAUACAAUUA